CUAGGUUAGCUCCGCCCCCUCCGUUGUUCAGCUGUUCUUGUCACAUAAACGUCACCUAUUCACGUACGACCAGAGGCAGGACAAAUAUUUAUAUUUUUCAACAACUAACUAAACAGUACAACAAGCUGCCAUGGCCUCAGGCGGGGCCCCUGGGCCAGGGCCCUUACAUAUUGCCACCAAGGUGGAGCUGACCAUCUCCUGUGAGAACCUCAUGGACAUGGACAUCUUCUCUAAGUCGGACCCUCUGUGUGCCCUGUACAUCAACACUUCAGGCUCCCAGUGGUAUGAGUUUGGCCGCACAGAGAUGAUCCUGAACUGCCUGAAUCCAAAGUUUGCCAAGAAGUUUAUCAUCGACUACUAUUUCGAGAUGGUGCAGAGGCUGAAGUUUUGCGUGUAUGAUAUUGACAAUAACACCUAUGACCUGAGUGAUGAUGAUUUUCUGGGGGAGCUUGAAUGCACCCUAGGCCAGGUUGUUUCUAACAGGCAAAUGACUCGACAGUUGUUGCUGAAGGACAAGAGGCCUGCAGGUCAUGGGACCAUCACAAUCUACGCUGAAGAAAUAACAGACACCAGAGUGGCAAACUUUGAGGUAUCAGCCCGCAGGCUGGACAAAAAGUAUUUGUGGUGGUCCGAUCCUUUCCUGGAAUUCUACAGGCAGACAGAAACUGGAUGGCAGCUGGCUCACAGGACAGAGGUGGUAAAAAACAAUCUAAACCCGACAUGGAGACCCUUCCGCAUCUCAUUGCGAUCACUCUGUGGAGGACAUGUGGAAAAAUCUAUAAAGGUUGACUGUUAUGACCAUCACUUCAGCGGCUCUCAUGAUCUUAUUGGGAGCUUUAAAGCCACACUUGCGGAGAUGCAAAUGGGAACGCAUAUUUCCCCGGUUGAGUUUGAGUGCAUUAACCCAAAAAAGUUAAAGAAGAAAAACUAUAAAAACUCUGGGGUCAUUUGCAUCAAGCAAUGCCAGGUGGUGAAGGAGUUAACCUUCCUGGAUUAUAUUAUGGGGGGUUGUCAAAUCAACUUCACAAUUGCCAUUGACUUCACAGGCUCUAACGGGGAUCCCAGCACUCCCCAGUCCCUCCACUAUAUAAACCCUGAAGGCUAUAAUGAAUACCUGACAGCCAUCUGGGCAGUGGGUAAUGUCAUCCAGGACUAUGACAGUAACAAGAUGUUUCCUGUCUUUGGUUUUGGAGCCCAGGUCCCUCCUUCCUGGCAGGUUUCCCAUCAGUUUCCUGUCAAUUUCAACCCAGCAAAUCCAUUCUGUGCAGGCAUAGAGGGUGUGGUGCAUGCUUACCGGCAGUGUCUACCUCAGCUGAAGCUCUGGGGCCCCACCAACUUCGCUCCCAUCAUCAACCAUGUAGCCUGCUUCGCCAAACAAGCUCUCCGCCAAAAUAUGGCCUCACAAUACUUUGUGCUGCUCAUCAUCACAGAUGGAGUGAUCACAGACAUGGACCAGACACGCACCGCUAUUGUAGAGGCCUCUCGUCUGCCCAUGUCGAUCAUCAUAGUGGGUGUAGGCGGGGCAGACUUCAGCGCAAUGGAGUUCCUUGACAGUGAUGACAAAUUGCUGUGUUCGCCCAACGGUGAUGUCGCCUCGAGAGACAUCGUCCAGUUUGUGCCCUUCAGAGAUUUCCAACCUUCCUUUGAUUUCAUUGGUCAGCAUAAGGGAAAUAGCGUGGCCCUUGCCCAGAGCGUCCUGGCGGAGCUGCCUGAUCAAGUAUCUUCCUUCUUCAAUUCUUACAAGCUGAAACCCCCUAAUAUGUUAAAUGUUUCCGGCCCGUCCUAGAAAGGCAGUGAGCUGGGAAAGGGUCGUGGUCAGACGUUGGAAAAGGUUGCGUCGGCAGCACCGCCGCCAUCACACUAAUGUGACACUGUUCUUUCAGACCUGGUUGAAACGAGUACUGGUUGCUUCUGUACAUGAGAACAGUUUAAUUUUUGUAUAAGAUGAUGUGAUUUGAGCAUGAUACUUAAUUUACUAAGUUUGAGCUUUGCCGUGAUACUACAUGGUGACUGAAUUUAAGGAAAUGUGUAUUAUAAAUUAGUGUUAAAUAAGUGCUUGCUGUACCCUGCUGUGAAAAGAUAUUUUUUGUUUGUCAUAGCCUGAACUAUGAACACAAAGAUGUUGCGUCCCCUGUGACUGUGGUAUUACUCUGAUAAAGGGAACAUUAUGUUACAACUGGUAGACAUAAGUCGCACCACAGUCCAAUCAUCUAUCUAGCUUUCCAACUAAAUAUAUUUCACACUGUAUGGAACUGCCAAUAAAACUAACAUACUACAAUUAAA